AUGUCAAAUCCCUCACUCUACGGUCAUAAACCUUCAAAACAACAAUCCGCCUCAACAGCACCCUCCUCCUCAACCCUUGCUUUCACAACAACGCUCUCUUCCCUUAUCGCCUCGGGCUCAAACGAACGCAGUCACGGGCAUGGGCGGCCCCGACCCUCCAAAACUGUUAAAUCAGACCUCUUUUCGCGGCCCAACAAAGGCGCUCAGAAGCGCGCCGCGGCUGAUCUCCGCGAUGACGAUGACACAGCUGUUCGGCAGAUCCAUCAGUCCUCGAAGGACAUUGGGUCCGUCGAUGAGGCGACACUACACCGCUCAAAAAGAAGGAUGGAGGAGAAGGCGAGGCAAUACGAGGAUUUGAAGAAAGGCCUUCAUCUUGCAGCGGGAAGUGAUAGCGAGGACGAAGUGACAACAGGACAAGGAGAUGCGUAUUUUUCGCGGUUGCGAAGAAAGGAAAAGGAGGGAUUGGUUGAUUUUGAUCGGAAAUGGGCUGAUGAGCAGGAUAAGAGUUCUGGCGCGGAAUCUGGUUCAGGCGAAGAAGAUGACGAUAACGCGUCCAUCAUCUCCUAUGAAGACGAGCUCGGCCGCACUCGCCGCGGAACAAGGAAGGAGGCGGCGCAAGCGGCUGAACUGAGAGCAGCUGCCACUGGGGAUGCGCAAAAUACUGAACGCUGGCGCCCUUCUAGACCAGAGAACCUCAUUUACGGUGAGACGGUGCAGAGCGAGGCUUUUCGGCCGACAGACAUGGCAGCUGAGCAGAUGGCGUACCUUGCAAAGCGGCGUGAUCGGUCGCCAACACCGGAGCAAGUACAUUACGAUGCUGAUGCGGAAGUUCGGAAUCGGGGAACGGCGUUCUAUGCCUUCUCAAAAGAUGAGGAAGUGCGCAAGAAGCAAAUGGAGGAGUUAUUAAAUGCAAGGGUCGAGACGGUAAAGGAAAGGGAAGCGAGGAGGGAACGGCGUCUUGAGCGGGAGAGGUUAAAAGAUGAGAGGAGGAAGGAGAUUGAGAAGCUGAGGGCGAAAAGGCGCGCGGAGAUGUUUCUUUCUGGGCUUACGGAUGUUGAUAUCGGAGUUUCGGGGUAG